ACCACCCAGAGAUACAAGAAGAAAUUUACAGAAAGGACGAUAGGCUUCUCACCUUGUUAAAGGAUGUUUAUGUCGAGUCUAGAGAUCCACCUGUGCAGGUAAAAGAUGGAGGUGGUGAACGUCUUCCAUGUAAACAGGAGGAAAAGAGACUUACAAAACUAGGCCACUUGGGAGAUCUAGAUGUUAAGAAAGUUCCUAAAGGCAAAAUUUCCAUUGUGGAGGCUCUGACACUUCUUAAUAACCAUAAACUUCAUCCUCAAGUAUGGACUGCAGAGAAAAUAGCAGUGGAAUACAGUCUGGAACUGAAGGACGUCAACUCUCUUCUGGAAUUCUUCAUUCCUUUUACUGUGCAGGAAUUUCCUAAAGAAACCAGAAAAGCUAUAAAGCCAACAUAAAAAUAAUUGCCAAAACCUUGUGUGAUCUCACUCGUGUCUUAAUUUUACUUUUGAGUAUGUUCAGUGUCUGAAAAGAGUUGGUAACAUG